CAUCGCAUAUGUGCGCAGCAUCUCGUCUGCUGCUGCUGCUGCUACUUCUGCUAUACUACUUUAUGGAGAGAAGCAUCAGUCGCUGUCGGAUAUCUCGAUGGGGCGGUACCCCCUAAACUCAUUCGGACGAUCGCCAUGAAGUAACGAACAAUAAGAUUAAAAAACGUACAAAAAAAAACUCGAUAAAAAAAAAGCUAAAAAGUAACAAAAAAACGAACGACUCUCUACGAGAUACACAAUCGAAACAAGUAGUAGUAUUACAAAAAAAAGUGACGUUUUGGUGAAUCGCAAUAAAAUGAAGAGCACAACGAAAGCAGCAGCGAUGAGCAGCAGCAGUAGCACAGCUACCACGGAGUCUGGCGGGAUGGAGUUCGGGCCGAGAAAGACGAUCGUCAUACUGGCCAUCGUCGUGGGCUGCUUCGCCAUUCUCUGGCCCAAGAUCUUCUAUCCGAUGCUGACGGCCUCGCUGUAUCCUCCACCGCCCAUCGAAACGUCAGGUUGCUGCGAUGUAAUAUUCGAGAGCGACGUCACGGCCCGAGACAUAAUGCAGGAGCUCUGCCAGAACAUCGCGAAGCAUCAUCAGGACCAGCUGGAUCCACGGGUGAGGCACGCGCUCGAGAACAAGCGAACCGGGGGAGCUGCCUCGGCGGCGAGUCUGAGGCUCUGCCGGGACGAGGUGCUGGCCCGAUGCGGCAUCGACCUGUCCACCUUCCUGGCUGAGAAGGAGCGCCUCAAGAUGUCCUACAGGCAGGUGCUCGAGGACAUACGCGGCUUCAACGGAUCGCUCUGCCUCAAGAGGCAGUUCGGCGUGGCCUCGGCGAGGCUGGGCACGCCGCAUCUCAUUAGAUAUCACAUACUCAUGCCGCACAGUACCAUAAGACAAGAACGUCAAACACCACCACACGCUGGAAGCCUUCACCCCGCUCUGAGAGAACGAGGCAGAGCAAUUCCAUCGUCACAUGUUGUGCCUAAAAUUCAAGAAAGACCAGAUCACAUGAUGCCCAUGCCCAUGAAAAUGAGACCACCGAUGGGCGGCGCGGGACACGUCGUACCGCCGCCCAAAAGCAAUGGAUCUCUGGGAAUACUUAUGCCACUAUACACUAUCGGAAUCGUUAUCUUUUUUGUUUAUACCAUUUCCAAGGUACUUAUGAGAGUCUUCCUGCCACUUUACACUAUUGGAAAUGUACUAUCUUUCACUUAUAAAGCACUUCAGGUAUUGAGAAAAGCCGCCGAUAAUGAAAUAACAAGGCCGGAGUAUUCUACCGCGGCGGCGGAAAAAGAGUACGAGAAUCUCGUCUUCAAUCCUGAAUUAUUCGCGGCGGCCGUUAGCGCCGUCAACGAACCACAAGACAGGCCUCCAUCGCCGCUCGAAGAGUUGACGCCGUCGAUCGACGAACUGAAAACACAUGCGGCAGGAGAUAUUGAAAUAGAUCAACUCAGACGGCGAUUGGUAGAAACCGAGGCUGCCAUGGAACGAAUAGUUAAUCAAAUGAGCAACUUGUCGCGUAACGUUAUCAGUUGCUCAGCCCUUUCAACAGAACCCAAGGAUGAACAUGACACCACUUGCACUUGUGAUCAAGAAGUUUCCGAAAUUGAAGAAAUGAAGCCAAGUGUUAAAGUUGUUAAUAUGGAAGUAACUGCCUCGAGCGAGCACGGACAUAAGCUCAGUCGACCGACUACGCCGACGUUUAUCUUACCGUCUCAUAAUCACCACGAAGAGGAGCCGAAACCCGAGCCAGUUUCGAUUUAUUUAGAAGGGGCUCUGCCGGCGCAGUGCGAACUGUUGGUGACAGAUUCGAAAACGUUAGAGCUACCGGACGAGGAGACGGAAGAAACUCCAGUCGUCCUGUCUAGCAAAAUGACCCUGUCGCUCAUCAGUCUUGACCAGGAAUCUGAAGACAACGAUGCGCUUGAAUCCCAAACAAAUAAUGCAGAAAUAUCGCGAAUAGAAAAAGAUAAUAUUACCGCUUUCAAUGAUGAAAUUGCUAAAGAAGCCAAAGUAAAUGUAUGCGAAACUCGAACCAGAGAAAGUAAUGAGAGUCAAUGCGAAGAAGAUAAUUAUAAUGGUGAACAUAUUAAAGGUGAAAACGAUGAGGAAGAAGAUGAAGAAGAAGAAGAAGAGGAAGAAGAAGAAGGAGGAGAAGAAGAAGAUAUAGAUACUGAACAUAAAUAUCCUAAACCGUAUCGAAAAUACCAAAAUACUUUACUAGAUAACUACCGACCGGAAUCAAAUGACAGCCGAGCUUCUGACUAUAUUGACGAUGACGACGAAGAUGAUGCAUCCUCUGAUGAUGACGUUAUUGUCGAAAGAGAAUCGCUUCACAAAAUUAUUGAAAGAGAAGAAAGUCGAAAAUUACCCCCUAGCAAAGGUAUUAGUCAAGAUACCGAUGGAAGUGACGGAGAUGAUGAUCAAGGAGACGAAAACGACGACGAUGAAGAGUAUGACGAUGACGAAGAUGACGAUGACGAGGACGAAGACGAAGAAGUUGAAUAUGAGGGGGAAGAAGUGGUGGUGAUUAGUGAAAAUAACGUUGUUGACCAUGAAAAUGAAUCAGAAGAAGACGAAGACGAGGACGAGGAGGUAGAUUACGAAGAUGAGGAGGAAGAUGGAGAGGAAGAUGAAGAAGAUGAUGAUAACGAAUGUGACGAUGAUAAAAACCACGAGGAAGACGAUGAUGAGGGCAGUGAUGAAGAAGAAGAUUAUAGUGAGGAAAUCGACGAUGAUAAAAGUGACGUUGGAGAAAAAAAUGAAAGAACAAUUGAACGAAAAGAGAUCGAAAUUAUAAAAAAAAGAAAUUAAAUAUCUGCUCGAUAGUACAAUUUCGAAUAUUCUUGUUUAUUAGAUUGAUUAGUAUGGCAUAUAUAAAAGCAAUUUUUUACAGAGCACACAAAAUCGUCAUAAA